UCAAAAACACUUGUUAACUAUAAUAAAUAAAGGAAUAACUAAUUUAAAAUGGUAUUACAAGGGAUAUGUAAUUCAUCUGUCUAUAAAUUUGAAGCCAAAACGUCGUAAUCAUGUAUCGCAGAAACGAAGAGAAUAAAAGAUGGGAGCAAAAGGUUGGUUUAUCCUCAAGCUUCUAAUGUUUCAAGGUCUUUUCGUUUCACGUCCGCAAGAAGACUUUGAUUUCUUCUACUUAGUUCUUCAGUGGCCAGGAGCAUAUUGUGAUACAAAGCGUGCUUGUUGCUAUCCAACAUCCGGUAAACCUGCGGCAGAUUUUGGUAUCCAUGGUCUUUGGCCUAAUUAUAAUGGUGGUUCAUGGCCAUCAAAUUGUGAUCCCGACAGCCAAUUUGAUAGAUCUCAGAUAUCGGAUCUCGUAAGUAGUUUGAAAAAGAAUUGGCCAACACUAUCGUGUCCGAGCAACGAAGGGUUCAAAUUUUGGGAACACGAAUGGGAGAAACACGGCACAUGCUCCGAAUCCGUAAUGGACCAACAUGACUACUUUGAAAAUGCUCUUAAACUGAAAGAAAAAGCCAAUCUCCUUCAAAUACUCACAAACUCCGGAAUUAACCCGGAUGAUGGAUUCUACAGUCUGACAAAGAUCACCAAUGCGAUAAAAAAUGGGAUUGGAUUUACACCAGGAAUCGAAUGUAACAAAGAUCCGGAGCGAAAUGACCAGCUUCAUCAGAUCUAUAUUUGUGUUGAUACAUCAGGAACUGAGUUUAUCGAAUGUCCAGUUUUGCCUAGAGGAAGAUGUCCAUCUCAACUCCAGUUUUCUAAGUUCUAAUUAUAUCUUGACGUGAUCUUAAUUAUGUCUCUUCUGUUGUUAUCUUUCCUAAUUUCUCUUCUCUUUUUUAGAGUCCAAAUUCAUGGGGACUCUAAAAAGUAAUAUUAUGUUUUUAUCUCAAAUUUAAAUAAGAUAAUCUUUGGUAUAAUAGUAUGUGGAAUAAAUCA